AUGGCUAUUUUCACCGACAUGGUCGAGGAUAAUAUUGAGGUAUCCAUGGAUGAUUUCUCCAUGGUUGGGAUUUCUUUUGAUGAUUGCUUGAACAAUUUUGAUAGGGUCUUGGGUAGAUGUGAGGAGAUAAAUUUGGUGUUGAAUUGGGAGAAAUGUCACUUCAUAGUCGAGGAAGACAUUGUCCUAGGCCACAAAAUUUCAAAGCAUGGUAUUGAUAUCGAUAAGGCCAAAAUUCAGGAAGAACAAAUGGGAAUUCUUGAGGCUUGCCACUCCUCACGGUAUUAUGGUCACCAUGGUGGAGUGAGAACAACAACAAAAGUGAUGAGUUGUGUAUUCUAUUGGCCUACUCUCUACAAGGAUGCUAGUGAUCUAGUCAAGCAUAGUGAUGAAUUUCAAAGGUUCGGUGGGAUUUCUAAGAAGAAUGAGAUGCCCCUCACCACCGUCUUGAAAAUUGAUAUCUUUGAUGUUUAG